AAGCAUACUGACUUAAGAUCAUUCAGUUGGUUCUUGAUUUUUCCGCACGCAACACAUUGUCUUUUUGCCCACCACCGAAGGAACAGCAGCACGGUGGUUAGAAAAUUUCGAAAAAAUUCCUCUCGCCUUCAGAAAAAAUCACCGGCAUUUUCCAUUGCCAUUGUCAGUGCUUCCGGAUCAUCUGCUUAAAUUAUUUCUGCGAAAAUUUCCCUGAUUGCGGUGAAAAAGUACCGGUAACAGUGUCGGAAUGCCGCGAGCUUUUUUAAUGACCCAUCGACGAUAUCUUACUGGGGAGGAAGAGGGCGAGAACCAAAAAGCUUUGAGUCCCGAACACUCGGUGAGCACAGCUGAAGCAAUCCAGGAUAUCCAGAUGUCGGACAGUAGCUCGGAUCUACCGGACGAGCUCUAUAAUUUGACGAAACUGGCGGAAGUAGCUGUGGCAACCGGCCAGAUUCUUGAGCGCAGAAAUCAGCAAUUCAUUGGCCCGGAUUUCGAAAACCACCAUCUCCAGGAGCUGCAAAGCAUGGAUGAGCGGGACCGCGAACGAGAAAAACACUUCAUCACCUACACCCACAAGCUGUUCGACAAGAGCUCCAGAACACCCAGACAUCACUUACUUAAGACUGAACAAAUUAACCAAACCCUAUUUAACCUAUCCAAAGCACAACCGGUGAUACUACCACAUAGCAGUACCAGCGAGAUCUCAAGCACCAGCAGCACUUCUUCGGAGUCGAACGACCACGAGUGCCAAGAGUGCGGCAAAAGAUACAGCACAUCCAGCAACUUGGCUCGCCAUCGACAAACGCACCGAAGUCCAGCGGAUAAAAAGGCUAGAAGAUGUCCACAUUGCGACAAACUCUAUGUGAGCAUGCCCGCCUACUCCAUGCACGUACGCACUCACAACCAGGGCUGCAAGUGCCAAUAUUGCGGAAAAUGCUUCUCCAGGCCGUGGCUGUUGCAAGGACACAUCAGAACUCACACAGGAGAGAAGCCGUUCAGAUGUACGAUCUGUUCCAAAGCCUUUGCCGAUAAGUCGAAUCUCCGAGCCCACAUCCAAACCCACUCCAACACCAAACCUCAUGUUUGUGGGCGAUGCGGAAAGGCCUUCGCCCUCAAGUCGUACCUGUACAAGCAUGAGGAGUCGUCCUGUCUGAGGAUCAACCGACACUCAUCCAGAGAAAACACGCCAGACAAAGAAAAGCCUGUUGUUUCGCCCACUCCGGUUAUAGUGGCAGCCAAUAGAUUGGCUGACUCAGUGAUACGCGGUGCAGAAGCGGUGAGAUCGCCCAUGCUUUAUCGAUCUACAGUGAUAUCCCCAAAUCCCGAACGGAUACUCUACAGCACGAUUAAGCAUCCUUCAAUGGUGCUGAAUGCUGCAGUGUUCAAUCACAUGCUAGCUCAAGAACAGCCGAUGGACUUCUCCAAAAAAUCCUUCGGAGGAAGCAAAGCAGCUGGAAGAGGCGCUGGCAGUUACCCUUUGAUGGCUAUCAAGGUUUGAUAUAUCAAAACAGCUGAAUGGAAGCGAUUCCUCAAAUAAAGCGACAAUGUUUAUGGCGCUGAGAAAAGCGGACCAAGAAAUGUAGAUAAUAUUUAAAAUUCCUUCAAGGGGCCACAAUGUAGUCUCAUUUUAGAAUAUAUUGGAAAAAUUAAGCUUAGCGCAUGAAUGAGAUUGUGAAAGACAUUUGCCCUCCUCUUACAUGGUGAAGCCUUUAAAGGGUUGGAUCAAGCAGCAGUGGCCUUAAAAAGCUUUUAAUUUAAGUGUUGAAUCUGUGAAUUCUCAUAUGUGCCAAUUAGUCGUAAUCUAGUUUGUUCCUUUAGUCUAUUUGAGUAAGAUUUUUAAUUACGGUGCUUAUUUAUUUUCUUGUACAUAUACGUACGAUUGCAUGUGUCCUGCGGGCAGCUGGUACUUAAAAAAUCUCAAUUAGGGCGUUAAUAGACGACUCGAAAUUGCUUAGGAAAUAGGUUUAUUAUAAAAGUACUAUUAGCCGAUAUGUAACAGGGUUUUUGUUAGUUUUAGAUUAUUUUUAAUUAUUUUUCUGCUCUUCGUUAAGCUUCUAGUGGGUGCAAACAAAUUAACACAUGUUUGUACAUGCUUUGAAAAAACAUGUUUGUACAACUGAAAUGGGAGUAUUACUAGUCUGAACACACCAUUUGCAGAAAACUUCCGCAGUUUUCGUUCAAAAUGGUGUCGCGCAACUUUCUUAGUCAUUAUUUUUAAGUUUACUAUUAUUAUUAUUAUUUAUUGACUUGCUUAAUUUCUCGAUUUUGUUUGUUAUAUCGGCUAAUGAUAUAACGCGCCUAGUCAUUAUUCUUAGAUGUUUGCCUAUCAUUUACCAUUUUUGUAUAUAAACGGAAAUCUCGGCCGGUUUGUGCAAUAUUGACAUGCCCUGAAAGUAUAUCGAAAACUAUUUAUAAAGCAUAUAAAUGCCAACAAUGUAUGUUAGUAUGUAUGUAUGUAUGUAGAGUCAUUCCGAAGUAUUUAUCAAUUGUUUAGUACUAGUUAAGUGUUCAGAGUGAGUGUGGCAAAACAAUAGAAACAUGCAUCAAUGUUUUGCAUUCCUCCAAACUAUAUUUAUAGAAAUCGAGAUGUUGUUCUCAUCAUGUAAUCCACAAUUUUGUGUACUUUUAUACAGUCUAAAUACAUAAAUUUUUAUCGAA